AACACGAGAAGGAGGCUGCUGUGGCUACAGGAUAAUUUGAUCCCUGGACAGUUUGGAAACUCAAGCAUCCUUCUGUACAUCCUGUCUAGAGUAUAUAAGACAACAGUCAGCAGUCACCACUGAGCCUUAUCUGCUGCUUGCUGCUUUGGAUCUGGACAGAGAGGAGCCAACAGUGGACCAACAUGUCGCUUACCUCCAUUCUAUCAGCUGAAGCCAUUGAAAAUGCUGUCAAGGACUGUCAAGCUCCAGAUUCAUUCUGCUACAAGAAGUUCUUUCAGCUGUGUGGCCUGUCCUCAAAGACACCCAAGGAGGUCAGAGAUGUCUUUCAGAUCCUCGACGAGGACAACAGCGGCUAUAUCGAGGAAUCUGAGCUCAAGUACUUCCUGCAGCGGUUCGUUCCUGGGGCGAGAACCCUGACCGAAGCAGAAACCAAGAGCUUGAUCUCAGCAGGUGAUGAUGACAGUGAUGGACGAAUUGGAGUAGAUGAAUUCCAGACUAUGGUCCUGUCCUGAGUUUGACAAAUUACAAGAAGUCUUCAGGUCUUUGGACAUCUUUCCCCACCUCUGGAGUCUUCUGAGCCAAGCUUCCAUUCCCAAGAACUAAAGAUUUUUUCUUUGGUUUUUUUUUGUUUCUUCUGUUCACUUCUGUGUGCUCUUGGUUUUAAAUGACCUUAUGUCAUUUUAAAUGCAAAACAUUUUAAUGUGUCUUUCACUUGGUCCUUGUUCACAUACCACCUUUGAAAUGAAUAAAUGUGGAAACCUACAUCUGUGCACAGAGUGUUCACAUUCAACAAAUUCCAUAAGGGUAUUUUGUUAACACAAUCUAUGGUAGUGGGACUGAAAAACAUUUCGGAAUUAUUUGAUAGUGACAUUGUGUAAACUCAUUUCAAUGCCGAGCUCCAUAUUGUAAUAAAAGAAUUCUUGGA